CAGAGACGACCGUAGCUUUCUGGUUUUGAGACGAAAAGAAAAACGCUCUACUUUUCUACAGACAAAACGAUGGAAAGAGGCGAAACCCCCUGCGCUGUGAUGUGCAGGUUAUGUGGAGAAGCAUUCACUCUGCCUGAGGAUGGAGUUGAAGGCAACCUCCCUCGUGUGCUUUUAUGUUCCCACAUCUACUGCACAUCAUGUCUGCUGUCCAUUCAGAGGGACAGUGUCAUUACAUGUCCAGAGUGUGAGGUUGACUCCACCCUUCCUGAAGGUGGGGUGUUUGGCCUGCAGGAAGAUAGCAGAAUCAUUGGCCACAUCUACACUUGUAAAAUGAAUAAGAAAAGGUGCGACAGCAGAUCAAACUAUUGCAAAAAGAACAAAUCAAUUCCAGAGAAGGACUUCAACGGCAAUACCGUGGAUGUGGAGCAGACUCUGGGGACUGGUCUGGCAGAUCAGGAUAAGACUGAGAGAGCUCGGCUGGAAUCUGAGAUCGAGCAGGCUGCAGACAAGGCUUCACAAAAUAUUCAAAAGUGGAAGGAGGAGCAGUUGAGUCAGUUGACGAAUGUAAGGGCACAAUGCUCCACCAGCAAAGCAGAAUUUAGCCACGUCCAGGAGAUGAUUAAAGCCCUAGAGAUUGCCACCGAAAUGGCCAGAGAGGUACGCUGUGUCUCCAUCCUGGAGCAGCACUGCAGCCUGGAUAAGGUUCUGCAGAUGCUGCAGGCUCCAGUGGACGAGCAGUCCUUCGAUUUAAAGUGUGUCACUCUCGGCUCUGGGAUGAGGUUUGAGUUCCAGUCCAAUGGUCUGAACCAGAAUCUGGCUUUGUUUCUGACGAUGGAAGUCGGCAACCCAAAGCAGUUGUCUGAUUCUCCUCCCAAAGUCCAUGAGCCGAGCAGCUUCAACAGAAAGUCCCAGUUUCAGUGUGCAGAGGGCAGGAACAGAAACUAUAACUCGCCCUAUGGCAACAAGCUGCCCUCUCCACCCAAACAGGAGCAGGAGAGCCCAAGAGCUUACAGUGUGUCAUUCCAAGGCUCCUCUCCGAGCCCAAAACCUUUUUGCAGGUCCAGCCGUUCUUGCCAUAAUGCCUCCUCAGACUCUGGACCUCCAGACGUAAUCCUCGAGGAUAUUUCAUACGGGGGAAAAAAACAUGCUCCCCCGCCCACCAGCCCUGAGAUGACUAGUGACACAUGGAGAACCCAAAGGAAGAAGAGGAAUCUGUCCUUUGGCAAACAGGCAGAUUCCAUCCAGUGGGUGAUUGUAACCCACGUUGUGAAUCCAAGUGACUUCUACAUCCGCUACGUGGCGGGGAACAGCGAGACCCUAUCUGAGACGAUAAACAUCUACUGCAGCAGGGCCAGCUGUCACUUCACUUCCAGUGACACCGUGGAGACUGACUCGGUGAUCUUAGUGAAGUCGAAGGAGGGCCUGUGGUGUCGGGCCUGUGUGGUUGCAGUCUUGCAGAUUGGACGCGUGGAGGAAGUGAAAGCUUGUCCAAUCACUCAGCUGGCCUGUGUCCGAGUCUUCUUCCUUGACGUUGGCCUUAGCAUGUGCCUCCCCUUACAGAGGGAGGAGGGGAGCACGGAGUGUUCCCUGCAGGCGGUGAAUACCAACCUGAAGAAGAUGUGUGAGGCGAUGCAUCAGGCACUGGGUAACUUCUCUCCUCAGGCCAUCAGAUGUUCACUCAAGGAUCUGGUCCCCUACGACCUGACAAAGGGCUGGAGUAAAGAGGCUCAGGUUCAAUUCAGCAGCUUGGUGGGCUCUGCAGUGCUGGAGAUGAGACCUAUGGGUCACGACAGAGAUACUCUGGUGGUGGACCUGAAGAAAGCCCCCGAGAAUCAGUCCAGUCAUGUUCCUAUCUCCGUCAGAGAGUACCUCGUCUUCAUUAAAGUGGCCAGGUUUUACUCUCCAGUGAAGUUGGGCAUGAGGCCGCUGCUGUACUACCCUCCUGAAUAUCCCAAGGUCAACACAGAGAUCAAUGCUGUGGUGUCCCACAUCAACACCCCCGCUGACUUCUACAUCCGGGUGGAGAACAUGGAGUCUCUGCUGCUCUUUGCAAAGAUUCAGGAUUGUUACAAUGCGACGACAGUGGCUGCAGAAGAUGUCUUCAAAAUCUACUGUCCUGUGACGGAGCAGGCCUGCGUUGCCCGAUUCAAUGACAAGCUGUGGUACAGAGCUCAGGUCGUAGGUCACCCGGCGGGAAAGAAAGUGGAGGUGCAGUAUGUCGACUUCGGCAACAAAAAAAUCGUGUCAGUCAGCGACUUGAGGAAGAUCAAGGACGAGUUCUUCGCCCUUCCUUCCAUGGCGAUCCACUGCUGUCUCUCAGAAAUCCUUCCUGUGGAUGGAAACACUUGGAGUGAGACGUGCUGCAACCGAUUCGUCAGCCUGGCUCACCAGAAGCUGGUCACUAUUGUCGCUACAGAAAGCGUCCCUACGUCUCAGCCUCUGCCAGUCAAGCUGUUUGAGAGCAGUCUCAACGGACCACAAGCCAAUAUCGCCGAGCUGCUGGCCAAAGAGGAGCUGGCCUCCUUCAAAGAGAGACCUAAAUCCCUGCAGAAGGCGGUCCAGUCCUUUGAGGAAGACCCUGCCACUUGGGACCCUACGCUCGAGAUCCAUUUGGACACGGAGAGCGUCGAUACCCCGGACGGAGAGCGGACUGAGGAGCAACCGAAGUUUGAGCCUCAGCUGAAGCUGCCCGAUCAACUCAAAGACUUGAAAGUCCGAGUCACCCACGUCAACUCGCCGAGCAGCUUCUACGUGCAGCUCACCCAGAACGACUUGCUGCUCAAAAAGAUGUACGAGACGGUGAAGCAGGAGUGUGGAUCUAUGGAGGCCGAGGAUAUAGUGUGGAAGGCAGACCGUUACUGUGCUGCUAAGAUUAAUGGGGUUUGGGAGAGAGGACAGAUCUGCUCCGACGUCGAGUCUGACAACAUUGCAGAGGUUCUGCUCUGUGACCAUGGCAACAAGGUGAAGCUCCACAUCAGCAACCUGCGGCUCCUCCCUGCCUCACUGAAGGGCGCUCUGGCACUGGAGUGCACUCUCACUGACAUCAGGCCGGCCGGAGGCCAAUCCACCUGGACGGCUACGGCCUGCGACCUGAUUUCCCUCUACCUCACUGGAACCUCGGCUGUGGUCACUAUCAAGGUCUGCAUCUCCAGUGCUCUUCUUCUUUCCCACUCCUUUUGCUCAAGCUCUCACCCUAAGGAGUUGACAGACGAGCGUCCGGUUCCUGUCACUCUGUGGUGCCCCAACAAGACCGGACAGCUCAUCAACUUCGUGGACUUUCUCGCCAACGAAGGCCUCGCCCUCAGGAAGAGGAAACCAAGAGAUGUUGUCAUUGAAGUAGUCAAGCAAUCAAAGCAGCCUCCAGUGAGCCAGACCAAACACUUCCAUUUAGAGAGAAUAAAAACUCCCCUAGCUCGUCCUGAGUUCUUCACAGCCAGCCCCAUCUCCAUUCCCACUUCCCUAAGACCUGCCAGUCGCAGCAACAUAUCUCCUGAGAAGGUGAGGACACCAAUGUACCUUCCCCCCGAGCUGCCGUGCCUCGGUAACAUCAGGGUAACGGUUUCGGCCAUCGGAGAGGACGGUCUCAUCUACGUCAGAACACCCAAUGCAGAGCGUCAGUUGGAGCAGCUCAAAGACAGGAUUCAGCAGCGCAUGAAAACUCUACCGCGACAGAAGCCAUACACAUGGAAGUCUGUGCUGGGCUGCGCCGUCAUCGGGCCGGACAUGCUUUGGUACAGAGGAGAGCUGCUGGAGGUGCUCGGAGGACACGUCAAGGUGCAGUAUGUGGACAACGGCCUAGUGGAGAACAUCCCAAUGGUGCACGUGUACCCUGUACUGCUGUGUGAGGAUGUUCCUCACCUCUCUGUGCCCUGCCAGCUGCACGCCAUCAACCCUGUGGGGGGGAAGUGGCAGCGGGAUGCCGUGGCCUUACUGCGGGAGCUGCUGGUGAACCGCUGUGCUGACAUGCGAGUUAUGGAGCUGCCCCCCAACCCCAGGGGCCCCCUCACAGUGGAGCUGUUCAUGGAUGGAAUGAGCCUCAGCAGGAUCCUAUGUCACCAUCAACACGCCACCAUGGACCGGACCCUCUCUUUCUCUAAGGAGCUCUCCGUGAUGCCCCCUGCUCCGAUCCUGGACGUCUGGGACAUCAACACGGAGGGUCUGAACGGUCCAGAGGAGCCGAUGCUGGGGCCCUUCAUCCUCCCAAAUCUUCCCAAGGAAAUGGAGCAGUUUGAGGUCCAGGUCAAGCACCUGUUGACCCCUAACCAGCUGUACCUGUGGCCUCUGGGGGGCGUGGCUGAUGUCACAAUUGAUGGAGAGACUUUGGACGAGGCGCUGACCAGAGUUAAUGCAGACCACAAUAGUCUGCGACCACUCACCAACUUCCGUCAAGGAGCUCCGUGUUUUGCCGAGUACUCUGACGGGAAAUAUUACCGGGCGGAACUGAUCCAGAUCAUCAGCGUGGAGCCGGUCAUGGUCUUGGUCAUUCAUGUUGACUAUGGCUCAAAUGACACUGUGCCGGCCAUCAAGCUUCGUCAGAUGCUGGCUGAGCUGAUGGGCUUUCCAUCGCGGGCGCUCCGAGUGAAAGUGGCAGGCUUCAUACCACCCAGGGAGAGCCUGCAGCAGGAGGUGCUGCCCUACAGCCCGAGGUGGAGCCUGAAGGCGACCAUGUACAUGGUCGAUGUGUUACAUGGAAAAACCACGGCCUCUGUGGUGGCGAGGGAGCCAGAGCUCACGGUGCUGCUGUACAAUGAGGACAAGGAGCUGGUGCAUCUUCCUCUGGUGCGCAGCGGCCUUGCUGAGUUGGAGUGACGCGGAGGAUCAAGUUCAGGGUUCCCCGCGGACAUCGUGUUUUGGUUUUCUGUGGUUUUCUGUAGUUUUAGGACAUUUUUAUUUCAGCGAUCCUGCAGUUUUGUUUUAAGUUUGUCUGUUUCCGUGUUC